CAAGAUUAUAGCGUAGAUUUCAAGAUUACGUCUACGCGGAUUGUUUACGUAUUUUUUCACGGUAUGUACGCGAGAAGUUGACGAAAUCGACCUUGUUGUAUUAUAUACAAUGGCCUAGUUGUAGCAGUCGCUUUCGCAACGCAUGCCAAAGAUAAGAUAACGUAUUCUGGACUAAAGUUGGUAGCGAUUCCUCAAGCAAUUACAAACCAAUCAACAUUAACUAUCAAUACAUAACGUCAAUGUUAUAAUUUCUCACUCAACAAUGUAAAUGCGAUAUAACACGUGCGUUAUGCAAUAGUUACAUCCCAUAUAGCACAAAUCUCUAAAAGACUUCUUAAAGAAUUUCAAAAGUGUUCUAGAGGACUUAAGAACUCUUUUGAAACUCUUUAAGAAGUCUUUUAGAGAUUUGUGCUAUAUGGGACUGUUCAGUGGAAAAUUGGAACAUAUAUAUUGAUGUAAUGUUACUGUUAGUUGGUAUUUACCCGGUACACAUUACGCACUUGUGAUAAGAGAGACUGCGAGUCUUGUCCGCACUUAAAUCUUAAAGUGCCGAAGAUAGCAAGCAGAAGAACAGCAUUCAUUCAUUUCCACGAUGUGUAAUCGCACGAAGCAUCUGACACCGCUCCAUCAUUGCCAUUCUCCAUGGCGGUUAUUUCUGCGUUAAGGAUCAAGGAUACAGACCUAGCAAGCAGAGAACGUAAAUUCACAUUAUCGUGUAAACUCGCGACGAUGCAUAUAUAUAUAAAUGCACAUGAGUGAAAUUUUCGAUUCUCUGUCGCUGAAGAACAUCACGAUGUUGUCGACACGACGACGAAUUUUCGUAAUAAUCACUCUGCGCUGCUUCUCGUUAGCGAUCGCGUUUAGUAAAGCCGACGAUAAUCCUGAUAUUUCACUCACAACACCCGAAUUGGUGACGAAGUACAAAUAUCCUUUGGAGAUUCAUGAUGUCCUUACGGCGGAUGGAUACAUUUUGCAAUUGCAUCGUAUACCGCGUCCCCGAAAUGACAACAAAGCGAAUUCUAGGAUAAAAGCGCCGAUACUUUUGAUGCACGGUAUGGGAGGAAGCUCCGCCGGUUGGGUCCUUAUGGGUCCCGGCAAGUCUUUAGCAUACGUAUUAGCUGACGCUGGUUACGACGUGUGGCUUGGAAAUAACAGAGGCAACAUUUAUUCCAAAAAUCACACCUCGCUGUCGCCGUCAGAUCGAACUUUCUGGAACUUUAGUUAUCACGAGUUUGGCAUCUACGAUCUUCCGGCGAUUAUCGAUUACAUCUCCAACACAACAAGACACGAGAGAAUCCUCUACGUCGGCCACUCGGAGGGUACCACGCAAUUUUGGGUGAUGGCAUCGGAGAAACCCGAAUACAACUCGAAGAUCAUCCUAAUGAUCGCACUGGCUCCCGCGGCUUUCACCGCCAACAUCCGCGGGCCGAUCACUAAACUCGCUAAGUUGACGUAUCUUGGCGUGUGGAUUGGCGAGACUUUCGGCUAUCCCGAAUUUGGUUCUCGGUCCGACUGGGGAAAAUUCGUGUCGAAUUUAUUCUGCCAGAACGCGGCGCCCACGCAAUUCAUCUGCAGCAACCUCCUGUUCUUGAUAGCGGGAUUUAGUCGGGAGGAGUUAAAUACGGAAAACUUGACGGUAAUUAUAGGCCAUGUGCCAGCUGGUGCUUCCUGGAAACAGUUCGUUCAUUAUGGACAAGGAUAUAUUAAUGGACAUUUUAGUCAAUACGACUACGGCAAUGACGAGAAAAAUCUGCAAGAGUACAAUUCAACGACACCACCGGAUUAUCAAUUGGAGAAAAUUACAACACCGAUCGCUCUCUUCAGCAGCGACAACGAUUGGCUAGCAACUACAAAAGACGUGGAACUUCUGGCUGCGAGGCUCAACAGUGUCGUGCUGCACUACAAAAUCCCCAUGAACAACUUUAAUCACUACGACUUCAUAUGGGGCAAGUCUUCCUUGCAGAUGGUGUCCCGACCUAUUCUGCAACUGUUGGCCCAAUAUCAAUAGCGGAGUCGUUGCUGAGAGUAAAGAGACCGCCAACGACAGAGUUUUACUGAGAGAGAUACAAUAAAAACGUAUAACGAAUCGGUCUAAUUUAUUGUUAUUAUUAGUGUCAUUAAUACGUUGCGUUUACAUAUGUAUAUAUGUAUAGUCUGUACUUGUCUAAUCCAUUCGCCGCGUCGGACGUAGCACUAUCGAAGAAAUCCGCAUCGCAAAGUAACUUCGAUUAGUGUGUCUCGACGUAAUAACCGCCGUUCUCUAUAUAUACAUUUAUACAAACUCUGUUUAGUCAAUCAAUCCAUGACUGCAAUUUCUCGCACGAUGCAUCGGACCAGCCUAUAAUUAUAAACUUAUACCUUUUCUCUCUCUUUCUCUCUAAUCGCACUUGAGCAACGCCCGUAAAAGAUCAUCCGCUCUCGUAAAACGUCGUGCCGAUGAGCUGCGGUACGCUCAUCCUGGAAGAAAUGGACGUUUCGCCCGAUCGCGGCUGACGCUUGAAGCGAUUAAUCCUGAUUUCUUUCGCGUGCUCCGCAUUUUUAACGUGAUUAGAGUUAUAUACGUGGUAGUCUAUGUAAACUUACACCUUAAUCGUUUAGUAUAUCUCGUUAAAGUUACCCAUGCGGGAAUAUGAAUGAGCUAGCUUACGAACAGUUUUACCAUCAUGUGCGAUUUGCGGUUGAUUAUCGUAUAUGCCGCAUAAACUUUGAAAUUUUCUUGCAAUUAUUGGCGGUUUUGUCCAAUGUGAACGUAUUGCAAAGACAGUUAAAUGACAAUUAAAUGCAAGUUGGCUAACUUAAUUACUCAAUUUUAACGCGUUUCUUUGUUUUAAUUUGCGGUAUUUUUCAGACCGAAGACUAUAUUAAUAGUAAAUCAAUCGCACAGAUUCUCGAAAUUGCUCGUCGAGCUGGCUGCACAUAAUGUAUAACAAUGUACAUAGUUUUAUAUCGCAUGAUAUGUAUUAGUUUAUGUUAGAAUAGGUCGGAUGGAAAUUGUCGGGAAACUUCCCGCGCGAUUUACGUGAAAAUUUAUGAAUCGUCCUCGAUUACAGUGAAAUUGCAUUUAUCGAAACAAAUGGAAUCUCACCGUAGCCGUAUGCAUCGCCUACGCAUGUAUACCGGUGAAAAAUUGCGCACAAACUAUAAUCGAUAUUUUAUUUGAGCUCACGCGUUGGCCACUCGAGGUUACCACCCAAAACGAUCUAUCUUCGCAGUAAAAACAUCUCAAUCUCCUAAUUAGUUUUCAUAAAAUUCGACGAUACAUAAAUCUCGGACAACGAAUUUAUCGAUAAUAUUAGUGUAACUAUAAAAUGUAUCUCGAUAGUAUAAUCACGCUAUUCUAACGUAUUUCAAUAUUACAACAAUCAUAAUUUCAUAUUUUUAUUUUAACGGGAUAAUAUAUCGCGAUAUAGGAGAACUUGCGAACAAGACUACGUAGCAGCGGAUACAGUAGAAUUAAAGCUAAAAUGUACCUCUUCCACCACCACGCGAUCAGGCGAAAUUGUCAUAUCUCCGAUAAAAACAAUCAGAUGUAGAUUAUGACAGUAAAAAAGAGCAAAGGACAGAUAUUUUAAAUCUUUUUACAUUGACUAUAUUCUAAUUUUUUAGAUUUCUUAAACACAGAUGUUGCUGUUAUAAAGCAAAGAUUUAUAAGUAAAUUAGAGGUGCCAGUUAAUGUAAAGCUUAAAUUCUUGAAAGAGAAAGUAGAAAGCAAAUAUUACAGCACAUCAUAGUGAUACACACAAACAUUACAUCAUAGUAAUUUUAUUAAAAAAAAAAAA